AAAAUUGCAAUAAAUCGCGGGCAACAGAUCGACUCCAAAAACAAAAGUGAAUAACAAACAAAGCCCAAACUAUCGAAACUGCUUUCCGUGUGCAAGGUUGCCUCCGAUUUCGAGUGCAGAUCGUCAGCUCCACAUGGUGAAAAACUUUUACUUUCAUUUUGGUCGUUAUGAAAUUGCGCCGCCUCAGCGCGGUUAGAGUGUGAUCGGAUCGAGUGGAGUUUCUACUGCAACGGCCCCCGAAAAACACAAGCUCCAGACGGAGUAGGCCGCAAACCUGGAACAAAUGAUCUAAUCCUUUGAUUGACUUAUUUCCAGUAACGCUUUCACCGCCCCUUUGACUUUCAAACUCAACCCACUUUUCCACCCCACCCCCAACUUGAUGAGGACCAAGCAAAAUGUUAGUGAAAAAACGCGGAAACGCUGGUCUGAGGAAAAGGAUCAAAAUUCAGUGCGCGGACCCAUGUGAAAAGUCGACUAAGUGAAAUCCCGAAUUGGUCAACUUCGGACCCAAAACCACCCUCAAACGGUAAUCUUCUGUGGAAGCAAACCCUCUGGAAACUUGUGUGGAAGAAAGCGAUUAAUUGGAAAUUUCACAAUUUGAGUACUUCGCGUCCACAAAUCCUCGAAAUCUUCCAAAUCUUUCACCGAGAGCGGCCUCACGUGCACCGCGGCCCCAGUCCAAGCGCAUGUGGGCACGUUACAUGUAGUGCGGUAAUCGCCAGCGACUUUCUGAAGUAAAAGUGAAUCGUUUGAACCCAAAAAGAGUUUUUCUUGCACACACAAAAAAAGAAAAACGAAAGACUCGAAAAUUUCGAUUCCGCGUUUUUUUUCACCGUGGCCCCAUCACCGCGACGUGCCCGCGGUUGAGGCAGCUCCACAAUUCACGGUUACGUAAAAUAAACAACAAAAACGAAAAUCGUAAAUUGUUUUGUUGAAAAAAAUUCUUGAAUGAAAAUUUCACGGAAAAAAAAUUGUUGAAACGAUUUGGUAGCCCCCCCUCGAGUGGUACAUGUGCAGUGCUGCCUGUAGCUCGCGCCUGACGGAAGAAAUUGCGCUUUCGAGCCAGCCAUGAUAAUUACGAAAAUAUAAUUGUGAUUGUGAUGGAUUGUGAUGAUAUGAUGGUUACAAUUUGCUAAUUAAAUACACACUGACCUGUGCUGGGAACAAAGGAGGUACUUGAGAAGGAUCGAGUGAGUUUCGUGAAAGUGAUUUCGGAUGAGAAAGUGACGAAUAGGAAGUGCUGCCCAGCGCAAUUGGAUUAGAUGCCGUCCUCUGACGACGGCGUCAACUGAAUAGAGACCCCAAACUACCAAGUUGGAUUUAUAUUUCUUGGAUUUUUGUACCAAAGAUACGGCGCUUUGAAUGAGACAGGAAGCUAGGAUGCUGAUGCUGCAUUAUAGUAAACACGGCGAGUGUAUACUCCAGGAAAUUGGCGCAGCAUUUCGCGGCGAACAUCCAACCGAUUUGCAUCUGGUCUGUGAAGGCAAAGAGAUUCUGAAGGCGCACAAAUUAGUGCUAGCCGCAGCUAGUCCUCUCAUAAGAAUGCUCUUGGAAGACGCGCCAGUAAAUGAAGACAUCACCACAAUACAUUUCCCUGAUGUUGAAGCUGCUUACUUCCGAUCAUUGUUGGACUUCCUGUAUUCGGGUCAAACAUGUGUUCCGGCAAACGAUGUUGCUCAGCUACACGAUUUGUUAUCUCUACUGCAAAUAAAACCCGGCGACUGGAGAUCAACGGAUCAUGAAAAAUGCGAUCCUGGAAACUUGCAUCAUCUUUCAAUGCACCAUGACGACGGUGGUUCGUGUCGGACAGAUACAAAUUCGACAUCUGACGGUGGCAUAAGCGAGGAUGAUGUUAGACGCCGAAGACGAUCGAAAAGUUCAGAGUCAUCUCCUUCAAGAGUUUCCGUGAAAAGGGAGCGCCUGAAUGAAAACAGUAGUGGAGGAGAGGAAGAGGGAAGGAUAAAAGACGAGCGAGAUUGUGAUGAUGAUGUAAAUGAUGACGAUGAGAAAAAUUCAAUAUUACAUAAUAACAUAAACAGGCUGAAAGAACGAGAAAGAGAAAAGAAAUUAAUUGAAAAUGGAAGCGACGAUGAACAUGAUGAGAAAAGAUAUAACGACUCCCCUGAACACCGAAUAGUGGAACGGCGGCGAUCUUCAUCAUCAGACCCAGUGAACUUAUCGUUAGGGCUUCGUGAUCGAGGUGAGGAAGAUUCAAAUGAUGGGCAUAUAGACGUAGAGUCGAUAGCGCCGUCGCGGAAUAAAAUUCUUGAUCCACUGCUUGACCAUUUACGUACGAAACGAAAAAUUUUAUAUCAUCCACCUGAUCCGGAAAUCUUGAAGCCUCCAUUAGAACAUGAAUUGUUGCAAAAUUCACCCGACAACUAUGUUGUAACGCCGCAUAGAAAGCGACGUCCGGGUUUUCACAACUCACCCACUCAGAAUCAGCCCUUCGUCCCUUACAGUCCAACCUAUAUUGAAGAUCUACGAGCUAAGCACCCUUCGUCAUCAGCUCCGCCCACAUACUUCCCCGAUCGUUCACCUCGAUCACCGCCACCAGGUUGCCCUGGAGGUAUUGUACAGCCCGCCGACAUAUUUAACCAUAAUAGCCACAAUAACAAUAACAGUGUUCGCCGCAGGCCGCCUAGUGCCGAUGAUCGCCUGCACAUACCACCUUCUUUCGCAUAUCCUUGGGGACCUGCACAUUCCGCAACAGUGGCUUUAACAGCGCUCCCGAAUCCAGCGGGCGUUCUCAGCAGUCUCACAUCAUCCCUUAGCAAUAGUACCGACACGAAUCCGCUCGAAAUGCAGCCAGUACAACAACCGCCCAGUUCUAGAAAUAGUGGUAGCGGAGGAGGAGGUAAUUCUUCAUCAUCAGCCGGAAGCGGUAAUACACCUGUUCGGGAGUAUCGCUGCGAAUAUUGUGGGAAGCAAUUUGGAAUGUCAUGGAAUCUUAAGACACAUUUACGAGUCCAUACAGGCGAGAAACCUUUCGCGUGUCGUUUGUGUGUCGCCAUGUUCAAGCAGAAAGCUCACCUUCUCAAGCAUUUGUGCUCUGUGCAUCGAAAUGUGAUAAGUACGGGCGGUGGGGAUGUGGCCAGUCGAUAUAGCUGUUGUUUUUGCUCCAUGUAUUUCGAAUCGAUGCAAGAAUUGGUGCGACAUUUGUCUGGACAUCAUAACAACCUGCUUUUGAGCAAAAAUUUGCGGGACUGACGCUUUCUGAUAAGUUAGCAUUGUCACUGUGUUGUUGUAACAACAGAAACCUGGCAUGAUGAAAAGUUUGUUGCUUUUACAGAUACCAUGGCCCCUGGGUACGGCUUCUUGUGGAAUAUAUUCAAGGCAUCAGUAAGGAAAUUUCCGAAACAAAUUUAACUUAAAGUAUUCAAUCUCCGAUUGGAAGCAUCUACCUCAUUGUUAGAGUAGCUCGAAAUUCUCCAGGAUACUACCUCCUCUGUUUAGAGUGAGGAAAGUGGAGUAAUCUAGUGAGAGCUGGAUGUACGGAGGAUAGUCCAGACCACAUCUCAAGUGUUCCGAAAAGGGAUAUUGUUAGAAACCACCAUUCCUUUGAAGAUGUUCGUCAAGUACAAUUGGCCAGCAAAAAUAGCAAUUGCUGAUAUUAGCAUUUUAGAGUAACUAUUGACAUUUUCUUUGCUGUUAUUCUAAGACUCUGAAUUUCAAGAUUGUCAUUCAGAUAAUGGACGAAAGAAAAAGGUUCAUUUCUUAGCAAUUGCGUGUAUUUUGAAGUUGGAGCUGACCACGUGCAAUAAGAACAUCCUUCAAAGUGUUAACUUAAGCAAAGUAAUCGCCUUGAAUGACGCCACCAGUUGUGAAAGUAACAACAAAUCUGCCCUACCAGUAAUUUACCAUUUAGUUAAGCGAGGAAGGAGGAGUAUUGUUGUAAUUACUCGUCUCAGUGAGACAUCUCGACCGAAUAAAAUCCAAUACAUUUAGAUACGAUAGUUUCCAAUCAGUUAAGACAGUGCAAGUUCUAGCUUGCCGCAAUAUUUAAGAGUUUCCCCCACGAAUAAUCUUGUUAACAGCUUUUCUUAAUAAUCUAAUGCUUAGAGUACCACUGUUCGCAUUGAUCUAUUGUAGUAUGUUUACGUACGACAUGACCGUCUUAAAUUAUAAUCUGUUUACUACCGAAAACGACCAGAGAAGGAGCUUCUGUUUUUCUUGUCUGUAAAUAAAAGAAAGAGCGGGUCUCAUAGAUUUAACAAAAAAUUAUAGCGAAAUUUCUGCACCAUGUAAAUAAUGUGAAUUAAGUUUAUGUUUACGAUUCUGUUGUAAAUUUCUUCUAAUGUUUUUAUUUUAAUUUAUAUGAAAGACACCGUGGUACGCGAAGGCCUGACGUAUCCAGGCAAACGUUCUGAGAAAAAACUCAUAAAACACAUUCAUACCAUUUACUUACCUUCAUAAGAUCGUGUUCAAAACGCGUUAAUUCUAAUAUUGCGCAACUCUUUAUGUAUGUAUGUAAUAUUUUUGUAAAACAUGAAGCCUUACCCCUUAAGCUAGCAACAUAAGGAUGACAAUUUUUUUUUCUAAUUUUAUACAUGUAAAUUUUUACCAUUUUUUCAAAUAUUAGUUGUGUAUUUUUCGUCGUUUAACAUUUAAGUCAACACAUUAACGAUAGCUUUAGGACCAUUACUCUAAGUAGCACAAACACGAGACAAUUAGCUGUAAAAAUUACUGUAACCUAGAACUUUAAGGUUGAAAAACAAAAACACACAAUAAAAACGGAAACAAUUGUAUUUGUGAAGCAAAAGCUAGAAAAAAAUUAACUCACAACUGAACAAAUUGAAACGUACAAAAUACCUGAAAUUUUAGAUUAAUCUGUAGUUAACUAAACAAGAAAUGUAAAACGUUUUCUUUUUUAUAAAAAAAAUUCCAUCACCCAUCACAUUUGUUUGUAUAUAUGUAACUUACAUUUGAAAUAAUAUAACCUUGAAAAGUACCAAUUUAUUUAAAAAAAAACAGAACCAAUUCUGUAAAUUCCGCGUGGAGGAGAGUUGAAAGCGAGAAGGUAAAAAUACAGUAGAAUUUGUUAACUGUUAUGUAUUUUUACAAAUUACAAAAUUUCACACACCCAUUUUACACGGAAGCGUAAAAAAUCAUUCCAUUACUACGGGAAAUGUUACUUUUUUCUCUACAAAAAAGAAGAAAUGACAAAACUAAGAGAAAACAAAAAUUUGCAAAAAAAUAAAAAAUUAAUAAAAUGAAAAAAAAAA